GCCAUGGCUGCCACCGCCGCCAACCCGGAAAUGUCAUCAGAUGUUUCCUCCCUGGGUGCAGCUGUGGGCUCUGGGAAUCCUGGAGCAGGGACACAAGCUGGAGGAGCCAUUGUGCAGAGAGUCAACAAGCGGCGCCCUGGGCUUGAUUUUGAUGAUGAUGGAGAAGGGAACAGUAAAUUCCUCAGGUGUGAUGAUGACCAGAUGCCAAAUGAUAAAGAGAGAUUUGCCAGGUCUGAUGAUGAACAGAGUUCAGCGGAUAAGGAGAGACUUGCCAGGGAAAACCACAGCGAGAUCGAGCGGAGGCGGAGGAACAAGAUGACCGCGUACAUCACAGAGCUGUCCGAUAUGGUGCCCACGUGCAGCGCCCUGGCCCGCAAGCCUGACAAGCUCACCAUCCUGCGCAUGGCUGUGUCGCACAUGAAGUCGCUGCGUGGCACAGGCAAUACCUCCACAGAUGGCACCUACAAACCCUCCUUUCUCACUGACCAGGAGCUCAAACACUUGAUCCUAGAGGCAGCCGACGGCUUUCUCUUCAUAGUGUCCUGUGAGACUGGGCGGGUGGUUUAUGUCUCCGAUUCUGUGACCCCUGUCCUGAACCAACCCCAAUCCGAAUGGUUCGGCAGCACCCUGUACGACCAGGUGCACCCAGAUGACGUGGGCAAGCUGAGGGAGCAGCUCUCCACGUCAGAGAACGCGCUGACAGGUCGCAUCUUAGAUUUAAAGACAGGGACUGUCAAGAAGGAAGGCCAGCAGUCCAUGAGAAUGUGUAUGGGUUCACGAAGAUCUUUCAUCUGCCGAAUGAGGUGUGGCAACAGCUCAGUGGAUCCGGUCUCUGUAAAUCGUCUCAGCUUUAUGCGGAAUCGCUGCAGGAAUGGCUUAGGUGCAGCAAAAGAUGGUGAGCCUCACUACGUUGUGGUGCACUGCACAGGUUACAUCAAAGCCUGGCCUCCUGCAGGUGUUUCGCUGCCUGAUGAUGACCCGGAUGCUGGCCAGGGCAGCAAGUUUUGCCUCGUUGCUAUUGGCAGACUCCAGGUCACCAGCUCACCAAACUGUACAGACAUGAACAACGUUUGUCAGCCAACAGAGUUCAUCUCCCGGCACAACACCGAAGGCAUUUUCACCUUCAUAGAUCACCGCUGUGUGGCUACUGUUGGCUACCAGCCACAGGAGCUUCUGGGGAAGGACAUUGUGGAUUUCUGCCACCCAGAAGACCAACAGCUUUUGCGAGACAGCUUUCAGCAGGUGGUGAAGUUAAAAGGCCAGGUUCUGUCAGUCAUGUUCCGAUUCCGAUCCAAAAACCGGGAAUGGCUCUGGAUGAGAACCAGCUCCUUUACCUUCCAGAACCCCUACUCGGAUGAAAUUGAGUACAUCAUCUGUACCAACACCAACGUCAAGAAUUCCAGCCAGGAAUCUCGACCUGCUCUAUCAAACUCCAUGCAGAGGCCCCAACUGGGGCAGAGCGUCAGCCUUCCCCUGGAGAUGGGCACGGCACAGCUGCCUGCAAGGCAACAGCCACCACCACAACAGACGGAGCUGGAGGUGGUCCCAGGAAGAGAGAGCCUGUCCGGUUACGACCACUCGCAGGUCUCUGUUCAGCCUGUGAGUGCUGCUGGCCCAGAGCACAGCAAGACAUUGGAGAAGACGGAGAGCCUGUUCAGUCAGGAGAGAGACCCAAGAUUCGGCGAGAUCUACAGUGGUAUCAAUACAGACCAGAACAAAGCCAUUCCUGCCAGCACAGUGCCUGCCAACCAAACCCUCUUUCAGCAGGGAAACGCUUUCACCCCCACGCGGCCCGCAGAGAACUUUAGGAGCAGCAGCAGUAGCAGCAGCACCAUGAUACCCCCCGUGAACAUCAUCCAGCAGCAGCCGCCGGCAGCUGGUCGCAUCCUUGCGCAGAUCUCGCGCCACUCCAACCCCGCUCAGGUCAGCGGAACCAGCUGGGCUCCCGGGACACGGCCGGCGUUCACACCUCAGCAAGUGGCGUCGCAGGCAGUGAAGACUCGUCCCUCUUCGUUCGGCAUGGGGACUUUCCAAGGCACGCAGUCCUCCUUCAGCCCAAUGACAGCCCCUGGCUCCACCACUUCCCCUAGCGGGCCCACAUAUCCAAACCUUGCUGGCCGUGGCACAAGCUUCACCACGGAGGCGGCGCAGACCCCAGCCCCCUUCCAGCCGCGCGCAACCGAAGGUGUGGGGAUGUGGCCACAGUGGCAAGGACAGCACCACGGCCCAGCCUCGGGGGAACAGCACGUGCAGCAGCCACAGCCCAGCCAGCCUGAGGUCUUCUCAGAUAUGCUGACGAUGCUGGGAGACCAAGGACCCAACUACAACAACGAAGAGUUCCCAGAGCUAAAUAUAUUCCCUUCUUUUUCAGAAUAAAAUAAGCCUUAGCGGAAGUAACAUAUAGCUAUAUAUAAUACCUAUGUGUAAAGGAAGACAUCUAAGUCUUUUUUUUUUUUCAAAGACUGCUGAAGUUUAUAAACAAUUUCUACCUUCUGGAGGUGAAACUCUGCCCAGGAGCCCGCAGGAAGGAAGGCCAGUGCUGGAAGAGGCUGCUCUGGUUUUGGACAGCACCUCCCUGCGGCGCUGGCAGCGGGGACUCUUUGCCUGGAGGUUUCGGGACUCAAGUGCCACCAGAGCAGUCACACUAAUUGACCGAUAUCCCUGGGUUUGCAGAGCAGCUUCUGAGCUCCACGGGUGGGUAGGAGGGAUCCCCGCCUGUGUUACAGGCAGCUCCCUGAAUCCAUAAAGUGGCUUUUACCAUUUUUAUUUCAGUCUUCUAUACCAUGACUCUUUUCUAUCAAAUGCAAAACAAAGAAUUGUAACUUUUUAAAUAUUGCAAGAAACUCUUCCAAGCGGUAACCCUGUACGAUGCGAUGCUGGCGGACACUGGGGUGAGACUCCUGAGGUGACAAGGCUUUCUGCUUGGCAGCUGCCCGCUAAAGGAAGCUUUGCCAUCUCUGGAAGGUUGUUGCUGUGCCUCCCUUUGGGGUGUUUUCUCUCGAGGUUCCCAUGCUUGCAGGCACGUUCUUGUUUGCUUGGACCCUCUUUUUGUGAACUGUGCAAUGAACAGACGAGCUCCCUUGGGGCCAUGUCGUUCACGUGAAGAACAGGACACUUGUGAGCCAUAAAAAUAUUGUGCAUGUAGCUUAGGGCUCUGUGCUGCUGUAGAGCAGAGUUUCAACAGGCCUUUUGUCAGCUCAGGGCAGAGGGAAGGAACCCUGCACUUUACGUGCCCUUCUACCACUUCCAGGUCGGCUUCCCUUGUCUUGGAGCCGCACGUCUGGUUCCCUGCACAGAGAGGCCUUGGAUUUGCUUGGGGUCCAGCUGAGGAGCUGUCUUUUCUACCAUGUGCUUGGCAGCACAGGGUUCACUCUUAAAUCCAGUCUCCCUCCUGCCCUACACUGACCCAGUUGUUAAAUCACAAGAUGGAGGCGAGCGAGGGACGGCAGCGGCACCGUUUCUUCUUCAGUCUGGACGCUGCAUCUGCUGGCUUCCUCUGUGGAAAAACUGGCUGAUCUCUCCCUCCCUGGGGCAUGGAGGGGCUGGAAGAACAGACCAAUAUCCCUGGCGCUGGCAAUGCUUGCUCGAAUUUCAGCAGGGAAAUUCGGUUGCUGUGGAGUUCAGCUUGGAAAGAAACUUGGCGCAACUGCGAGCGGGGAGGGAAAGAAGAGGAAUCUUGCUUGGAAAGUGAGUUUUACUCUGCAUGAAGCCUGCUGGGAAUGCCUCCUUCCUCCCUGGAAUUGUGGCCGGCGCAGUGCAAGAAGCAGCGGCGAGCGGAGAUGCUUGGGAGGCUGAGCAGGUACCAUCUGCCCUGGCAGCUUUGAGCAAAAUGCCCUACACCAGAAGGAGUUUCAGUAUUUUCUGCGCCCUGCAGUGUUUUUUCCCUGUUUUCUCCUACUUUUGUUGGAAAAUGAAGACUUGAAGCUUCCCAAGAAAAUUUCAAAGGCCGGGAGGCGAAGCUGGGAACCUCCCUUGGGGGGAGUCUGGAAAGAGCCCUGGAUCCAUCCCCUUCCUUUGCUAACCAGGGACCUGGAGCCACCAGCAGCACCUGCAUUGGGCGCCUCUUGGUGCACGGCCCUUGUCCCCUGCCGGCUCCCGCUUGUGGUCGCAGCUCCCGGGGCGCCCAGCGGCACUGGGGAAGGCAGCGCCCGUCCCAGCCCUGCGGCCCUGGCAGUGGGACAGGGAGUAGGGCUGAGGAGCGGGGUCAAGGGGCACCCCUGGAGCUGCCCUGCGCUCGAGGACACCUCCUGUUUGGACAACUCCCAUCCUCCUGUACUGUGUGCCAAAGGGGAGCUUGGGCCCCUGCCGGGGGGGCAGGGGCUCCGCGGAGCUUGCGAAUAACGCUGUGUAGCA